CUCGCCGGGCACCGCGGCCUCGCCCUCCGCCCCUGCGCCCCGCCGCCCAGGCCGCCGCCCCCCGCCCGCGCCGCCGCCCCCGACGGGGAGGACCAUGGCGAAGGUGGAGCAGGUCCUGAGCCUCGAGCCACAGCACGAGCUCAAAUUCCGAGGUCCCUUCACUGAUGUCGUCACCACCAACCUGAAACUUGGCAACCCAACAGACAGAAAUGUGUGUUUUAAAGUGAAGACCACAGCACCGCGCAGGUACUGUGUGCGGCCUAACAGUGGGGUCAUUGAUGCCGGGGCCUCUCUCAAUGUGUCUGUGAUGUUACAGCCUUUCGAUUAUGAUCCCAAUGAGAAAAGUAAACACAAGUUUAUGGUUCAGUCUAUGUUCGCGCCACCUGACACUUCUGAUAUGGAGGCAGUAUGGAAGGAGGCAAAACCGGAAGACCUUAUGGAUUCAAAACUUAGAUGUGUGUUUGAAUUGCCAGCAGAAAACGCUAAACCACAUGAUGUAGAAAUAAAUAAAAUUAUACCUACAAGUGCAUCCAAGACAGAAGCCCCGGCGGCUGCAAAGUCCCUGCCUUCGUCCCUUGAUGACACUGAAGUGAAGAAGGUGAUGGAGGAGUGCAGGCGGUUGCAGGGGGAGGUGCAGAGGCUGCGGGAGGAGGGCCGACAACUCAAGGAAGAAGACGGGCUUCGGGUGAGGAAGGCGCUGCAGAGCAACAGCCCCAUGGCGGCUCUGGCUGCCCCCGGCAAGGAGGACGGCCUCAGCGCCCGGCUGCUGGCUCUGGUGGUCUUGUUCUUCAUUGUUGGUGUCAUUAUAGGGAAGAUCGCCUUGUAGAGGCCGCAUGCAAAGGAUGGCAGAUUGGAUUGAUGGAUCUACCACAUCAUGGGAUCUCAAUUUAUCAUAACCAUGCGUAAAAAGAAAUUAAUGUAUGACGACAUCUCACAGGUCUUGCCUUUAAAUACCCCUCCCCAUGCACACACAAAUGCACACACAAAUAUAGCAUAAUAUAAUGAUCUUUUAGGAAGUUAAAAAUGUAUAGUAAAUGGAUGGGGGAAGAAUGGUCUGUUACUGAGGGACGCCGUGAUUUCCACAGUGGCAUAUUGUAGCUGUCACAUUAAAUUCGGGUAGGCUUUGGCACAUGUUCCUAGUCACCUCUCUUAAAGCAGAAGCUCUUCCUCACAUGUUGGGGCUGGCCUGUGGGAGCGGGAGUCCUGUGAGGUGGGGUGUGCUGUCCCCUCCACAGCCACCUUGUGCUGCCUAGUCUCACCCAGGCGGCUUCCCCAGGCCUGCUGUUCUGUCCAAGUCAUCGGCUCCUCAGGCAUGCAGAGCUACAGAAGCCAAAACACCUUGCAUGGUGGCCACAUCUUGUGUUCUUGUAGGUCAUGAGUGAGAGACACGAGUCUCUGUGCUCUGCUCUCUUAAAGGGACCAAACUCAGUCUGUUGGUUCGUGUAGUGACACUGAGCUGUUACCAGAGAUGUGUGAUGCACGUCUGCUUACUCAGUGUGUUCAACUCUGCUGUCGCCGAGUGCAGGCAGUGCUGCGGCCUGCACCUCACCUGUGCUGCGGAGUACCAUGGAUACCAUACCAGUGAGGGCGUUGCCGCUGGUGGCACCGUGGUUCCCGGUCUCCGGAGGUCCAAGGGAUGGGGAGAGUCUGAGUCAGGAGACAGCUGCCAGGAAGUGUUUUGUUGUGGAUCAGUAACAACUGUCCCGAAGAGGGACACUCUUUGUAGUGACAGUCAGCUCUGGGUUACCCAGUCUUCUAGAUUGUUCUCCCCUCACUCUCUGCUACGGCUCAUCCUUCUAGAACAUAGGCCAGGUCUGAGCUGCCCGUCUCAGUAUGAAUGAGUCAGGCUGCAGGAGGGUGCGGGGCAUGGAGGUGGGGAGGGAGAGUGCCAGCAAAUCCAUCUGCUGGUAACGAAGAGUCUUGACUGUGAAUUAAUUUCAUGCCCUAAAAGACCAAUCCAGUUCUGCUCAACUAUGUAGCAUCUUAAAAGAAGAAAUUAAAAUAAAGUCCCAAAUUAAGA